CAAUAUCAACACAUGAAUUUGGUGAAUCUAUUUUCUUUUGAAAAAGAACCAAAAAAAUUGUGCAUUCAGUUUUUUGUCAGGAAACAUUUAAGAUACAGGCUAGCUGACACUUACCGGUUUUAGCGUGUAGUCAAGGCAUCCACUAGCUAAGUGCACCCUAAUCGACACGCUGUUUUCUGUUAGAGUGCUAAAUGCAAACGCAAACGCUAACACAGCUAGGUAAACAUACAAUUUGCCAGCUAGCUACUAAUCAUCCAAUUGUGAACCACAAUACUCGCAUUCGUAUCAGCGUCAAUGUGCAAGUCCUUUGAUCUUUCAACUUUAACCUUCACUUCGUGUCAUUAAGUCGCACGAUGUUCAAGACACAACCUUCUAUAUCGCUCAUUUAUGGCUUCACUCACAGGUAGAUUCGGCAGAUCGAAGCGUCGUCUCUCUCAACUUCUCUAUCCACCUCUGAACAACUAAUGACCCCAGCCCUCACUCAAAGAAAAAGAACUGACAUACAGGCCUAUUGCCUUUGUGACCUGCAAGGCAUUGGAGGAGGAAUCCGACACAGCGAAGACAAGUGUUCACAUCAUUCCCAUCAGAGACGGUAAACUUCGGUCUUGGUGCAGUGAUGUCACAACUGCUGUGGUCAAAGUGCACAGAUUGGGACGUGAAAGGACCUAGGGAGCCUUGGGAGGAUCCAUAGGCCCCCCAGCGGAUGUGUCGGUCCGAAGUCCACACCUCUAUCAGAAGCCAGGAGAGAGAGGGUUGGGAUAGAGAGGGACUGCAGUCAAACAACGAGUACGUAUUACUGAUGAGUUUAGGUUCAGCACAGUGGUCACCAUCGUAACAAGACCGUAGCACAACGACGGUGGGGCCAGGUUAGACAUUGAACAGCAGCUUGAGAAGAUGGACAUCCUGGAGACCCACGCCUACGACCGGAGACAGCGGCGAAACAUGUCCUGUGCUCUGUUGCUAUCGCUCUCGCCGUUCUUCUUGGCGUCAGCCGCCUACCUCUUCCUGUGGGCCCAUGACUCCUCCCCCCCCUCCAUCAUCAUUGCGGGGUUCAAAGCGGCGCCCGUGCUCCUAUUAGCGGCAAUGGUGCUUGGCUGGAACGGGUGGAAGAGCCUGGCAGGCGUGGCCGGGGGCCUGCUGCUGUCGGCCGUGGGAGACUUCUGCCUGGUGUGGCCAGAGCUCUUCAUCCAUGGGAUGGGUGCAUUCGCCGCGGCACAUCUUCUGUUCUCACUGGCCUUCCUCACCGCCCGCUACGUGCCGCGUAGCCGCUCUUCCUCACUAAGCGUCCUCCUCUACAUCGUCAUGUUUGGUCUGGGAGCUGCCUUCUACUUCUACAUCUACCCGUUCCUACGAAAAGCCCCCGACUCGGAACUCCUAACCCCCGGCGUUGGCGUCUACGUGGGUUUGCUCACCCUCAUGGCAAACCUAGCGCUCAGAACCAGCAAGGUUGUGACCAUAUUAGGGAGUUUGUCUUUCCUGGUCUCCGACAGCGUGCUGGCGCUACAGGUGUUUAAGGUGUGCUCGGCGAUGGAACACGGCCACACGGUCGUCAUGGUUACGUAUUACCUGGCGCAGAUGCUGAUCGCCAUGGGUGACGUGUUGGCGGUGGAAGACCAGGAUGACUUUUCAAAAUGGAAGAGGUCUUAGUUUGGUAUUUCAGACCAGGUCCGGAUAUUCACCCUUGCUUGGUUGUGGCUCAAAACACGUCAACAGGGAAAAGUGGAUCACAAAUCUAAAGACUAUAAAAGGAAUGGUUGAUUCCCUUAUUAAUUUCUGAGUAUAUUGCUCCACUGUCCUUGCUAGAGAUGUCGAAAAUACUGUAGGCCUAUAUAUAUUUUAAAUCACUGACCCAUUGUGCCUUUCUGAUCGGCCCAUGUUUCCAAGUGAGGAAAUCUAGGCCAGCCCAUCACAAGUUUUUUUUACACAUUCUGUCGUUUUAUGUAAAAAAUAAAUAAAAAACAUUGGCCCUUUAAAUCCUUUAAUGUAAUUGGAUUGCCAUGAGGUGAACUGCGACUUUAAACAAUAGUAAACUUAUUCUAGAUUAAUUUGUAAUGACACUGGAUCUCUCAAAACUUUAAGAAAAGUUUACAGUGCCUGAGUGUAAAUAAAUAAAUAAAUUCAACUACUUGGGAUAAUAUGCUUUAGUUGGAAUGUAUGACCUCACUUAAAUAUUAACUUUUCAAUCUGCCAAGAUAUCCUCCAUAUUGCCCUUGAUCUGAUGUCUCAUUGUUGGUCAAAGUGCGUACAUAAUUAUAAAGGGAAACCAGGUAGCCUCUUCACGAUUCCAGUGGGGUAUUCCACAAACAGAGGUUUAACAAACAGAGUUAACGCUGAACUCUAGGUUGACUGACCCUGUGCCAACUAAACCAGAGCCGUCGGUUCCACUGCAUGGGUUAUGCAUUAGUUCAAUCAACUCGGGGUUGGUUAACACAGGUUUGUGCGCGUCC